AUGGGAACUGAAAUAAUCCGGCCUCAAAAUUGUUUGGUUGACCGGAUUAGAGAUCCUCCGGCAACAAUUUUCCACCCCCGGAGAAAUCAUAUUCACCGGAGGCCGCCGCUCCGACCUGAUCAGAGGAGACGAUUCGGCUCCGAUGAUUUCAGAACGACGGCGAAGGAAUUCGUUAGGAGAAGAGGAGAGUCAUUCGAUUCGUAUUCAAACAUCAAAUCUCGGAGAUCUUCUGGGAAAAAUCUAUCUGAUAUUUCUGACGACGAUAUUUACGCCGGAUCUUCAACUUUCGUUCUUUCUCCGGCGCCGAGCUCGCUUCCUUUGCCGUCGUUCUCGAGGAGGAAUGCGAAAAGCCAGGUCAUUGUUGUUACCGUGGAUGAUUCGGCGUCUCAGGAUCUCCGGCGACUUCUCCGGCUGGAAUUUUGA